AAACACCAAGUUGGGUUAAGGAGACCCAAACCAACAAAAAAGAAAAGGGAAAAAAACUACAACACAAACAACUACUCUAUGUAAUAAGUCUUCAAUCUAUCUUCCUCAAGAAUCUGCUUCAACUCAGAGCUAAAAUCAUUAACGUCCAACUCCAGAAAAGAUUGAGAAUGAUGGAUAACUGCUAAAGCAUCAACAACGCGAUUUGUCUCUCUGUAGAAAGUGAUUUUGCCCUACAGGACUCAAUUCAAGGAUAUUGACACCACGGUUCCUUUAGCUGUUCUUGAUUUCCAAGCUUUAAGGAAACGGAAGAAAAAGGGCUUGUCAGCAGAAGAUCGCCGGCCGCUACCCAUUACACCGUCGGACAUCUUAAAACGGUAACAGGCCCCACCACACUACGUGGCCCUGGAAAUAAAAGCUACCAGCCUACCUCCUUAUUCUUAUCGAACACUUGAGCUGCCAUCUUCUACGCUGGAAACAAUUUCCAAAACAUGGAGAAGCAAUUUGCAUCAGAAUCAGCAUCAGCUGAGAGAAGUGAAAGACAACAUCCACCGAUUCCAAAGGCAGCACCUUGGCUUGUUUUUCCACAUGGGAAAGGUAGGAAAUUUCAGCGUUUCUAUAAUCCUUGUGAACCUAAUAACAGAAAUUGCAUCAAGUCCAUACAUGAGAUGCGAGGAAAAGCUUAUUUUCAUAAAUCUUGUCAUCAAGGAUGGCUAAUUGUUAUUGUUAAUGUUGAUAAUGCUGAUCAGUAUUCGAAUCCCAACUCAAAUUUAGAUAAUUGUUUCUUGUGGAAUCCUGUAUCAUCCCAAACGAUUCAGUUACCUAAGCUCGAAGGUCGGUCUUUCAGUACCGAAUCAAAAAAAUACUUAUGUUCGACUUGGUAUUAUCCUCACCACCUACUUGUAAUCCUGACAAUGAAGACAGUUGCACGCUAUUCCUCAUUUUUAGAGGUAUGAAUGAUGAUGAUGAUGAAGUUAGUCAUGAUAAGCACAUUCUGGUAUUUUGUCGACCUGGGGACGAACAAUGGAGAACAAUGGAAUUGAAUGGCCAGUCUGACCUCGAAGGCGAUUUUUCCAAAUUCAUUGAUUCCUUGCUUUGCUUUCAAGGUAAAUUAUUCGCAUUCGCUGCUGCUGAGAAUUGGGUUAUGGAGAUCGAAAUACAAAAUCUAUGGCAUCAUGUAGUAUUUGAUAAAGAAACCCAAUUUCUUAGAAAAUUCAAGAUAGAGGUACCUCAUUUCCCAAUAAUAGGAGGAGGUGAGGAGUUGGAGUUCGGUCGUUACAUGGAAGAUUGGAUUGAAUCUGGAAAUGAUAUCUUUAAAGUUGUUUUAAAUUGCAGCCCAAGAGGUUAUAGAAAAGUUGCCUCGACACAAAUAUUCAAGUUGGAUUUCUCAUCAAUGACUUGGGUUUUGUUGAAGUCUUUGGAUGAUCAUGUUCUCUUUUUGUGCACAAACAUGGACACGUUAGGCUUAACCUCUAGAAAGUGUUAUUCAACUUCCAGUGCGUAUUGCUCAGCAGAUGAUAUGGGUCUUGAAAGGGGUUGCUUGUUUUAUACAUUACCCAAAGAUCAAACCUUGUAUACAUUUGAACCAGAAGACAAUGCUACCACAGUUACCAUGCCGUGUUUGAAGCUUCCAACGCCAUGGUUUCUACCUACUUGGGUAAUGAUGCCCACCACAGUGAACAUGCAAGUUGCUGGAAGAAGGAGAAGAAUAACAGAUCUUCUUGUGAUCCAAGAUACGACAGAAACCAGCAUAGAGGAGGAGAAGAUUGGCAAGGUAAAUUAUAGCAGCGGAGAAUUAGAAGCAUUAAAAAAGUGGGAUUUUCUUGAUGAUUAUGACAGUACAGAGGAGAUAACGAGAUUUCUCCAUCCUGUUGAUUGCAUUCAUUUUCGUGUAGCCUGUAAACGAAAUUCUAUUUUUCUCCCCGGAUUGAACCAAAUAUCGGCUUCUACAAGGACCACAGCAACUACAUAUUUAUCUCCAUGGCUGAUUUCUAUCUUUGAAGAUAAUGAAGAGACCAUCUGCAAUAUUGUAGACCCGAUGCAUAAUAAUGAAAAGUACCUCAUGAAACUAUCCAAUCAUUUGCUUGUUGGUGCUAGAAUUCGUUAUUCAAAAGAUGGGUGGCUUCCAUUGUCCAACGGGAAAAAAACUGUAUUCUGCUACAAUCCCUUCACAAGAGCAAUGAUCUGUCUUCCAGAUGUACCUGAUCAUUAUGCACUUGGUGGAAUGUCAUUCUCGUCGAUACCUACUUCUCGCGAUUGUGUGGUGAUUGCCAUCUCCAAUUGGUGGGAAAUAGGAGGUGACAAUGAGAUAUCUUUCUUGGUCACUGAACCGGCGAAGAGUGCUACUGGUUGGACUGUUCAUAAAUUUGAUUAUGAAGAUGGCUCCACUGUGAACAAUAUUAUGGUGUGUAUGUACAACUUUAUGCCGUGUAUUAACAGCCCGGUAUUCUAUAAAGGAGCUUUCUACUGCUUAGAUUAUAAUGGAAUAUUAGGAGUUUUUAAUAUGAAGGGUGAUUCCAGUUGGAAAGUACUGUCGAAGUCCUUGAAACAAUUCAGUGGUUUUUAUCCUAGUUAUCUGGUGGAGUGUAAUGAAAAGCUUUUACUAGUGCAUUUGGGACAGAGUGGAAAAUCGGUUAAUAUAUAUAGAUUGGAUGAUUCGGAGGGAUGGGUUAAACUGAAUAGUUUUGGAAAACAUGCGUUGUUCAUCAGCUAUACAUCCAGUUUUUCAGCAGUCGCUCCACGUAGUUGCAUGGAGAACAAUAUCUACUUCCCUAGAUUAAAAGGCGAAAGACUUUUAUACUAUUCUCUCGAUACAUGCAGGUAUCGUUUUGUAGGGGAUAAUCAACAUUCUUCACAAGAUUUUCAUAAUACGAAGGAAAGAUCAAACUGCACUUGGAUUGAGCCUAGAUGGUCUUAGGCAAGUCCUAAUCAAGAGCCUGAACUAUGGUGGAACCAGGCUGCCACUUAGCAGCUAAAAGCCAGUAGUAGUUGCCUCUCGUAACUUCUGGUACAAAAGUGUAUACUAGGCUUAUGUAUAUAUGGUGGAACCAGGCUGCCACUUAAUUGCUUUGGGGUAAAUUUCUAGGGUCUCACUGUACUAUAUAGAACAGGUGCUUAAAUUUCUCUUUAAUGUAUUUAAAUUUUAUCUUAUGCAUUGAUAUUGUUGUAAAUUAUACUGGGUCUUGGUGAUAUCAGUCUAAUGGUUUGAAUUUGUUUUGCAAUGACAAUGUGGUCAACAUUCUUUAAGUACAUGCACUGUGGUCCACUGACUAAGGAGGGGCUGAAGGAAGAGCACUGGCUCUGCUUUGAACAUCCCAGUUUGAUUCAUUCUAACAUCCGUUUUUGUUCUGGAAUGACAGUAUGUUUAAUCUUGUUAAUGGUUUUAGCAUCAUCUUUCUUCUUCUAUUAAUGUAUGAUGUAUUUCAGUUAGCCCCUCAGUAUAUAACCAGUUGGAGUGCUGGUCUUUGGGUUAGCACAUUAUUCAUAUUUGGAGUUCGAACUCAUGGCAGACGAACUUCUGAUGAGUAACACUAAGAUCCAGGUUUUUGGUGCUCUGCACAUGUCUGUAAAAGUGCUCCUGGUAUCGAAAUAAGAAUUGCUCAUUUAUGGUGGUGGAGAUGCAUCGUUGCAACAUCUUUUCUCGAGGCUAGCAACUUGCUUGUUCUCAGGGUAUGACUCUGCGCAUUAUUAACCAUUUCAUCUUGAAUCCUUGCUGUUUGUACUGUUUCUGACGUGCUAAACCGUAUCUCCCCGAACUCUUCUGAUACACUCCAAUGCAAAUCUGGUAGUUCAUGGACAAGGUUGACUAAAUUUUACUGGACUAUGAGAUCCGAUUGAAGCACAAUGCUGUCUCUCUUUAAUCAUUUCUUCUUAUGGGCGAUCAAUUAUUCAGUAUUCACCAGAUCGUUUUUAUAAUUUCAAACAUAAAGUAAAUGGAAGUACAGAACCUAUCAAUUUAGAGCUAUAUCAAGUAGGAAGAUACAAUUAACUGUAACAACCAUGUUGAUUUUCCUUAUUGCCAUUUUGUGCCAUAUCUCGUGACCAACUCAUAUCCUUGUUAGUUGUCGUGCGUCUAGAAGUUUUCCUAUUGUUGUUGUUCCAUUCCCGUCCUUUCUUAUAUUUUCUACAUCACUGUAGUUCUAUGGGGCUGUGAAUUUGGUACAUCACUAUAGUUUUAUAUUUUGUACAUCACAAUUACAAACUGAGAGAUUGUGUAGUGGUGGAUUAUUAUGUUGGACAGGGCCUUGUUUUCCUUUGCAAGGACCCAUGAGAAUCUUCACAACAUCUUUCACAGACACGUGAUUACCGUAAAAGGAUACAUAUUUGAACCAGAAGACAAUGGUACUACCAAUAUCAUGCCGUGUUUGAAGCUUCCAACUCCAUGGUUUCUGCCCACUUGGAUCAUGAUGCCAACAACAGUGGACAGGCAGGUUCCUGGAGGAAAGAGAAGAAUAACAGACCUUCUAGUAAGUCAAGAUACAACUGUAACAUUAGUGGAGGAGAACAUGAGCAGGUUAAAUAUUAGUGGAGGAGAGUUAGCAGCGCUAAAACAGUGGGAUUUUCUUAAUGAUUGUGACAGUACAGAGGAGAUAGCGAGCUUUCUCCAUCCAGUGGAUUACGUUCAUUUUCGUGUAGCCUGUAAACAAAUUUCUGUAGUUCUCCCUGCAUUGAAUCGAUUAUCAGCUUCUACGAGGACCACAACAACUACAUAUUUAUCUCCAUGGCUGAUUUCCAUCUUUGAAGAUGAUGAAGAGACCAUCUGCAGUGUCGUAGACCCGAUGCAUGAUAAUGACAAGUAUCUUAUGAAACUAUCUGAUCAAUUGCUUGUAGGUGCUACCAUUCAUUUUUCAAAAGAUGGAUGGCUUCUGGUGUCUAACGGGAAAAAAACUGUAUUCUUCUACAAUCCCUUUACAAGAGCAAUGAUCUGUCUUCCAGAUGUACCUGAUGAUUAUGCACUUAGUGGAAUGUCAUUCUCGUCGGUGCCAACUUCUCGGGACUGUGUGGUGAUUGCCAUCUCCAAUUGGUCGGCAUUAGGAGGUGACAUUGAAAUAUCUUUCUUGGUCACUGAACCGGGAAAGAGUGCAACUGGUUGGACUAUUCAUACGUUCGACUAUGGAGAAGUCUCCACCGAGGACAACAUUAUGACGUGUAUGUAUAACUUUAUGCAGUGUAUUAACAACCCGGUAUUCUAUAACGGAGCUUUCUACUGCUUAGAUUAUAAUGGAAUGUUAGGAGUUUUUAACAGAGAAGGUUAUGCCAGUUGGAAAAUACUUUCGAAGUCGUUGAAACAAUUCAGUGGUUUUAAUCCAAGUUAUUUGGUGGAGUGUGAUGAAAAGCUACUACUAGUGAAUUUAGGCCAGAAUGGAAAGUCAGUAGAUGUUUAUACGUUGGAUGGAUUCGGAGAUGGUCUGGCUAAAACUGGACAGUUUGGGAAAGCAUGCGUUGUCAGCUAUACAUCCAGUUUUUCAGCAGUUGCUCCACGUAGUUGCAUGGAGAACAAAAUCUACUUCUCUAGAUUACAAGACGAAAAGAUUUUAUACUAUUCUCUUGAUACAUGCAGGUACCACUUUGUAGGGGGUAAUCAACAUUCCACACAAGAUUUCCAUAAAACGAAGGAAAGGUCAAACUGCACUUGGAUUGAGCCUAGAUGGGAUUUGGCAAACUCUAAUCAAGAGCCUGACAGUACCAGUUAUUUGUCUCUCAUAACUUCUGGUACAAAAGUGUAUAAGUAGUACUGGCUUAUGUAGAGCUAGGUAUUGAGGUCUUGCCACUUACUUUGGGGUGAAUUUCUUAGCUAGCAUUUCUUUGUAUCUGAUUCAGGUUCUUAUUUUUCUCCGUUGAGCUGGGCAUCGACUUCGUACCUGAAAUACCAAGGUAAAAACUCUUCUUAUGUUGGUUCC